AUGGAAAAUAAGAAUAAAUUCAAUUAUAGAAUUGAAGGGAUUUUAUUACAUGUUGCUAUUAAUUUACAUCGAACAAAAGAUGUUAAAAAUCGAGUUAAAGCAUUAUCUAUUUUUGAGAUAAUCGAUUCUCUAUAUUGGUUGGGAUAUUAUCAUGAACAUGGAUAUGGUGGUCUUGAAAUCAAUGAUGAAAAAGCAAUGAAUUAUUAUAAGAAAUCUGUGUAUAGAGAAAAUUAUUACAAGAAAUCCGUAUAUGGAAAAAAUGAGAUAAAUGCUAUGUGUAGAUAUGCGAUUUAUCUUAUAAAGACAUCCGAAAAGAAAGAAAAUAGAGAAAUCAAAGAUAAAGAAAUUCAAUCAGAGAUUACUUAUUUAUUUAGAAAGGCUGCAAUAUUGAAUAAUGAUGAUGGGCGUUAUUAUUAUGGAGAUAUUAUAUUAAAUGGAAAGUUAGGUAAUGAAGUAAAUAUAAUAGAAGGUAUGAGAUUCAUAGAUCAGGCUGUUAAAAAUGGUCAUGAGAAAGCUAAAUUAUUAUCAAAAGAAAUUUUCGAAAACUGGGAUAAAUUAUUUAUAAAUUUAUGA